AUGUCGUCAAUUUUAGCGCCGCCGUCAGUAGCAGCAACAAUUUCGGAUAAUAAUAGUAUCAAUGAUGAAGGUUUUGAAAGUACUGAAGAACAACAUGUGGAAAACAAUCUUUCGACGUCAAAGAAGAAUGAUGACGCUGAGACGAAUAAUAAUCAGACUCAAUCGUCUAAAAGUUAUCCUUUAACUUCGACUACUAAUCAUACGAUUAUUGAAGUUCAUCCUAAUUCUCGUCCACAACUACCUAACAUAAUUACAAAUAGCAAUCAAUUUUAUCAAAAUGAUCUGUCACUUGCGGGACACACCGCUCAACCAAUUCUACAUAGACAUUUGUCUGAUUCAGGGGCACGUCAACAACUACCACCAUUACCUAUGACAUCCCUACAAAGACCGACUUCAGUCCCAACAAUUGCACCGCAUAUGGCACCGUAUUCACAUCCAGUAAAUAUGAUGCCAACAACAGCAAUUCCAUUUCAACCGAAUCAUCCACAUCAAUUUCAACAUCCGGCUCCUCAGCAAUUCUAUAUUCCAGUACAGAUAGUGCAGCAGAUGUCAAAUCCAUCGUAUUCUCCUACGUCUCCAAUGCCAAAGAUCGAGCGAAUAAAGGAUGCAAAUGGGAAACUGAUUUCUUCCGACAAAAAUACGCAAAAAAUUACCUCACAAGUUCUAAAAAAUCCACUACCUCAACCUAGACCAUCAUUAGUACCAACGCCUCCUAUAUCUCCAAUAUCCCCACAAUUCCGAUCACACCCUUUAUCCGGUUAUUUCGUUGUUGAUAAUAAUAGUAUUCAUAAUCCACAAAACAUUCAUCCUCAUUCAACAAUUUCAGGACCUGGUAUUAUGUCACCUAUACCUAUGUCACCUACAUAUAUAUCACCUACACUUAUAUCACCACCACCAGUAGCCACUGUCAGCAAAGGAAGACUAGCUUCUACAUCGGCAUCACCAUCACAAAACGUAGAAGAGAAAGAAGACGAACCUAAGCAAGAAUCUGAACAAGAAUCUGGACCAUCACCUAUGGAAAAUCCGGCAUGGUAUCGAAGACUAUAUUGGAUUAUAACUUGUUUUCUGAAUCUGCUACUUUUUGCUGCGUCAAUUGCUUUACUCUAUAUUUAUUUUACAAAUGCCAUUUCAAGGUCAUCGGCCAAACGUGAAUUGAUAACAAAAAUGAAUACUGUGUUUUACUAUACAAGAUAUACGUCAUACUAUCCCCCCAAAUGUAUCAACGAAGAGUUGUAUCGGCGGGUAUUUGGUGUUGAGCAGAAUUAUGGAGUUAUGGCAGAAUUAUUGGAUUUAUAG